AUGGCGUCUUCGAAGUCAAGCUUCCGUUUCACUAUACUACACAACCCUCGCCUCGCCCUGACAGCCUUCCUCCUGUCGAUGGUCUUCUUCACCUUCGGCUACGAUGGUGGAGUCAUCGCUGGACUUCUCGCUAUGGUUCCCUUCAACAAGCAGUAUGGCAGCGGUCAUGGACCACAUGGCUUGACAAUGCUCACUUCGACUGAGAUAUCUCUCAUUGUGGCACUCCCCAAUUCAGGCUGUCUCUUAGGAUUGCCGUUGUCAGCAUGGCUCGGCGAUCGCAUUGGCCGCAAAAAGACUUUACUCAUUGGGUGCGGCUUCAAUGCCGUGGGCGCCGCCAUCCAGACUGCUGCUCCGAACUUGGCCACUAUGGUUGUGGGGAGAUGGUUCACCAAUGUCUCUAUCUUCAUGUUCAUCACCAUGGCUUCCAACCUCCUUGCUGAGGUCAGCCCUUCGGAGAUCCGUGGUAUUCUAACAGGCCUCUCCAUCGUUCUGAUCGACGCCGCUGCCAUCCUUUCGCAAGGCUUGAACUAUGCUUUCUCUACCGUGAUGGCCAAAUACUCGUUUCAGAUUCCCUUGGGUAUCCAAAUCUUCUUUUCUGUCUUCAUUUUCCUCGGUAUCCUAACCGUGGACGACUCCGCCACGUUCUACUUGACCAAAGGUCGUGACGAGAGAGCGCUUCAGGCUCUACGAACUGUGCGCCAAGGCUAUGAGGAGGCCGAUAUUUCGGCCGAGUUUGCAUCCCUCAAGGCGCAAAACAAUCUGCGUCAGGAGGAAGAAUCGGUCUCCUGGAAGGAUCUGUUCAUUGGCGUCAACAGAAGACGCAGUCUAAUCGCCUUAUCCAUUGCAAACGGUCAGCAGCUCAGUGGAAUUGCUUUCGCAACAAAUUAUAUAACUCUGUUCCUCAGCACGAUUGGUGGGAGCGUGUCGCCCUUUACUCUGGCGAUGGGUGCUGCUGUUCUGGCCUUUGGGGGUGCAAUUGUGGGACUUUUUGUCGUGGACCGGGUCGGACGGCGCGUACUGGCCCUGACCUCAUUCACCGCCCUCGCAAUUAUCAACUUGGUCGUCGGUGUCAUGGGCUUCCUUCCCUUGACAAAUCCUGCUGUGCCCAAAACGAUCGCUGCGUUCUGCUGCAUGUUCGCCUUCUUCUACGCGGCUGGUUUCGGUCCGCUGACCUACAUUAUUGCAGCCGAGAUACCUACAGCGCGCCUGCGAAACAAGUCCAACUCGUUGACCUUCUUCCUGGUGGCAAUUUUCGCGACCAUGGUCACAUACGUGCUGCCGUACAUCGCAAAUGCCGAUGCCGCCAAUCUUGGACCAAAGACCUACUUGAUCUUCUUCGUCUGGAUGGCUGGGUGCAUAAUCCUAACUUACCUUUACUUGCCCGAGACAAAGGGGCGCAGUCCCGCAGAGCUGGACGAGAUGUUCGAGGCAAAGCUCCCUGCACGUAAAUUCAAGGGCUAUGUCUCAGUGCUUGCAGUGGAAAACUUCAGCGUUGAGCUCAAAGCUGGUGCACAGGGUAUUGAGACUGAAGGAAGCCAAAUCUGCAUGACUAAUAGUAGGAGGAUGCAAGUUCAAUGA